AUGGUUAUUGUAACGGGUAAAAAGGCCCAAGGGAGCUGACGAAUACUGCCAUAGUGACACCACCUCCUCCCCCCCCCCGGGGUUAAAGGGAACUGACAGCAGCGCCGAUCCAGUAAACAGGUAACCCAGUCCGGUACCAUGCCUACCGACAUACCACACACUUCUAGCCUCUUGCCCAACGGGCACAGUUUAACCUGGAUGCAACAUGGCGACUUUCAUACAACUAUACCCAAACCUUUAAUAGCAGUAAACUUGACCAGCGCAACGCGCAACAUGCAGCCACUCCUAUAACUAAACGGCACCCUAUGACUCCCAGAACACCACUCACACUGGAGUACACCAAUAACCACAAUCAGAAGCGACAGGAGACGGGACCUAGACACGAUAGGGGGCAACACAAAAUAAUCCCGCAAUUAUCACCACACAAUCCCUGUCCACUCACAUCGAGGCCACGAGGCACAUCGCACACCCAUAAGCUAGUGAGCCACGACUGGGAAACAGAACAGCUAUCAGACAUAGCCGAUACCGCCCAUCCCCCUCCACCUACGGCCCCACAGUACUCAGGGUGA